GAUGAGGAGUCGUCGCUAGGUCCUUUCCUGUCAGGGGAACUGGCCACUACCCUAACAGUGAAACUUUUGGCUAAAGGGAUACUUUGGUGGUUAAUUUAUGUCUCAUUUAUAAAUCAAGUCAUUUUUCUUUUGCAAGAAUAGGCUGGACGUGGUUAUAACAAUGCAAGUAAACAACUUUUAAGCUUCGGUAAAAAAAAAAACUCAAAAUAACGGAGGCGAAUUUUGGAUACCACUUGUCACGAAAAAGCAGAAAGAAUGGCAGAAUAAGAAGCCAACGAAUGUAGCCUAUUUUUAAGAAGAAAAAAGGAGUUACAUUUGGUGAGGAAACGGAUUUGUUCUGCAACUUUCUGACAAAGAAUCUAUUAUGGGAUAGUGAUUGUUGGAUCCUUGGAUAUGAUUGAAUAGGAAUAUUUCUACAGAUUGCUUAAGGGAUCAUAACAAAACGGCCAAGCUGUUCACUAGCAAGAGGAUAGCAAGCUGUUUUACUACCAUGAACUCUGCACCAUAACUGAUGAGGACAGUAACAGAACUGGAGCAGACAUAGGUCAGGGACAACCCAGGAGUCCUGUUCUGCACUGUAUUUAUAAGGAGCCACAAGAAGCUGAUAUGAGGAACGCUGAAGAUUCAGGAGCUGGUAAUGUUCUGCAUCGACUUCUGCAGGAGCACCUACGAUAUGGAAAUCCCAGUGAAAAUCGCAACCUUCUUGCUUUGCACCAGCAAGCUUCUGGAAAUCCUGUACAGUUUAACAGCACUAGUGGGACUGGGCCUCAGAAUGAGGGGCUGACUCCACAAGACCACCAGCUAGUUCCUCAUGCUGCCCGCCAAGAACCACAGGGCCAAGAGCUUCAGGUGGACAAUAAUGCCAUGGAAAAGCAGCUGUCACCAAGGGCGGGCCAGACACAAAACAGUGACGAGCUUCCAUCCUAUGAAGAGGCAAAGGUUCAGUCUCAGUAUUUCAGAGGUCAGCAGCAUGCAAGUGUAGGGGCUGCCUUCUAUGUGACUGGUGUAUCAAAUCAGAAGAUGAGGACUGAGGGAAGGCCUACAGUUCAGCGAGUUAGCACUGGAAAAGUUCAUCAGGAUGAUGGACUGAAGGACUUGAAGCAAGGGCAUGUACGCUCUCUUAGUGAGAGACUGAUGCAGCUUUCACUUGCUACUAGUGGUGUAAAAGCUCACUCACCUGUCACUAGUGCACCUCUUUCUCCUCAGCAUCCUAGUGAUCUUUAUAAAAACACAGGAUCAAAAGAUUUCUAUAAAAGUUCUGGACCGGCAUCUACACAAGCAACUAUGAAAGGGAUGGAUCACAGGGGGCCUCCACCAGAUUACCCUUUUAAAAACAUGCCAUCUCAGCCUAUGGCUUGUAAACCUCAAGAUCAUGGACUUUUCUUUAAUGAUCAUCGCAUGAGUCCACAAGUCAGAACUGAUGUUCCACAUGUUCGGUAUCAGCCUCCUCCAGAUUAUGGUGCAGCCAGGCAAAACCAGGAUGUACCAGCUCACCAGCAACUACAGUUUCAGCAAAGGCUUCAUCUUCACAGUCCCACUUCCUCUCUGACUUCUACUGGGUCUGCCUCCUAUCUACAGUCUACUCUUGGACCAAUGUCUCCCCAGCAUCAGCAGCCCCUUAAUUCCAGUCAGCAAUUCCCUGGUGACUAUCAUUCCAUGUUGCCUCGCUCUCAGCAGCUACCACCUCCAAGCCAGCUGCAUCACGGUGAGCCCUUCCGAAUGUCUCAAAUUCAUCACGGCCAACAGUUUCAGAGCGAUCUGUAUUGCAUGUCUCCUAGACCUCCACCUUCCCCUCACCCAAGCCAACAAAUGCAAGGAGAUCCAUAUGCUAUUGUAGCCAGAGCCCAACAGAUGGUAGAAAUCCUUACUGAGGAAAAUCGGGCAUUACGUUCAGAGUUGGAUGUCUGCUAUGAGAAAGUGGCCAGACUACAAAAGCUGGAAGGUGAAAUUCAGCGAGUUUCAGAAGCUUAUGAAAACUUGGUAAAGUCUUCUACUAAAAGAGAAAACCUUGAGAAGACCAUGCGGACUAAGCUAGAGGGUGAAAUGCGCCGUCAACAUGAUUUCAACAGGGACCUAAGAGAACGCAUGGAGAGUGCUAACAAACAGCUUGCAGCAAAAGAGUUUGAGGGCUCUGAAGAAACCAGGAAAACCAUUUCUCAGCUUUUAGCCCAGAAUAAGGAGACCCAAAGAGAGAAAGACAAGCUGGAAAUAGAAAUGGCAGCUGCCCGGUCCACCAAUGAGGAACAGAGAAGGCACAUUGAAAUACGUGACCAAGCACUAAAUAAUGCCCAGGCCAAGGUGGUCAGACUAGAAGAAGAGCUGAAAAAGAAACAGGUUUAUGUUGAAAAGGUAGAGAAAAUGCAGCAAGCAUUAGCACAACUUCAAGCUGCUUGUGAAAAACGUGAACAGCUGGAGCACCGAUUGAGAACACGACUGGAGAGAGAACUUGAAUCUCUUCGGAAUCAGCAGCGACAGAACAAUUCUCAGAAUCAGUCAGCGAAUGUUCCAGAAUAUAACGCCACAUCUCUAAUGGAGUUGCUGAGAGAGAAGGAAGAAAGGAUACUUGCUCUGGAAGCAGACAUGACCAAAUGGGAACAGAAGUACUUGGAAGAAAGCGUGAUGAGGCAAUUUGCCCUUGAUGCUGCAGCUACAGCAGCAACACAGAGAGACACUACUGUUAUAAGUCACUCUCCGAACAGCAGCUAUGAUACAUCCUUAGAAGCUCGGAUACAAAAGGAAGAGGAAGAGAUACUGAUGGCAAACAGACGGUGCACUGAUAUGGAGAGCAGAAUUAAGACUCUUCAUGCUCAGAUUAUUGAAAAGGAUGCUAUGAUCAAAGUUCUUCAGCAACGAUCACGGAAGGAUCACAGCAAAACAGAUCAGUCUUCUAUAAGGCCAUCUAAGUCUCUAAUGUCAAUCGUCAAUGCUGGCUCAGGCCUCCUACCUCAUUCUGCAACACCAAGUAGCACUCCCAUAAUGGAAGAAAGGAGAGAGGACAAGAGCUGGAAAGGAAGCUUAGGUGUUUUGCUAAGUACAGAGUACCGUGCAGAAUCUGUCUCAUCGUCCCCUUCGCCAGUCCUCCCUUCAACCCCAUUGCUAUCUGGACAUUCAAAGACUGGUAGUCGAGAUAGUAGCACUCAGACAGACCGAGGCACAGAACAGAGCAAAGUCUCUUCUCUUGCAGUGUCACCAGUUCCUGGAAGACUUAUCAGCAGCAGUCCUGCAUAUGGGAUGGACAGAGCAGAUGGGACAGCCUACCAAAGUAACACAUUGGAAAGAAAGACUCCCAUUCCAGCCCAGAUCCAGGAUAUGUCAGAUGGGGAAAUGGUAGAGAUUCUUAUAUGAAGAAGGCAGGCUUCUCUGAAGACUGAUAUUAUCAAGACCUUCCAUCCUUGAAGACUAAAAGAAUGAAGCUGCAUCCUUGGGAGCUCUAUUAAAACUGUAACAGAACUCAUUCCAGCCAGUGGUUUUAAAUGAGUGUUUACAUCAGAUGGUGUGUACUUUGGGCAUUCAUAAGUGAAAGAUAUCAUUCCAUUUGUUGAAACUUUUUCUUUCUUUUCAUGUUUAGGAAAUACUGAAAUUCCUAAGUUGCCUGAUCAUUGAUCACAGAUAAAUUUGGAAAACUGACACAGGCAGUUUAGAUGUGAUGCUGCUUUAGUUUUUAAGUUAGACCGCUUUUAAUGGUAAUUGAAAAGGCCUUCUCUUUUGGAAUAUAGUGGGUUAAGUAGCAGCAGUUUACUGUUACAAAACGCAACAAAAACAGAAAAAUGGAUUAUGUGUAUGUAACAUUCUAAUUCUCCAGAAUGUACUGCGUCAUUGGACUGAGUCUGCUUGGACUCACUGGACCAAAUGUCUUUUGUGUGUAAUAUCUUAUUGCAAACUAAAGGAGCUUUGACUGUCCCACUUCCUUCCUGCCCAGUAAGAUUCCCUUAUGCCAUACUCCAUUGUUCUCUAGGUCCACUGAUAUUUUUACUCUAGUUGUUAAGUAAACUUACUGUUUCUGUAGAGAAUUUUGAUUCCACAAAUCUUUCCCAGUAAUAUUGCAGGAUGCCCCCUUAUUCCUAAGCUCUUCUGAGUGCAUUGUCCUGUAAGAAAUAAAAGUAAAAAAAAUAUAUAUAUAUAUACAGCAUUGUCUUACUACAGAUAAAUGUAAAUUUCUUUUAUUUCUUAGAUUUCUUAUUAAUGCUUAUGUAGGCUCCUUUGUCCUCUCUUCUUGGCACUUUUAAGCUGUAACACUUACCAUAUUUGUUUCCCCUUUUUGAAGGCUUCAUCUCCGUCUCCCUUUGCCUGUCAUGUAUUCAUCCUUUCCUCUUAAAUAUGCCCUCACCAACUGCAGCAGUGCAAUUGGUAAGUAUUUUAAGAUCAUAAGGUAUCUCUAUGUAUCAUGUUUGAACACUUGUUACAAUUCUUAUGUGGUUGUUCACUCAGGCCAGUUGCAGCAGUAAAAACUUUCAGAGUUAGCUACAAUAGUAAUGAGCCUUAAUGAUACAGAUCUGUUAUGCUGAGGCUCAGCCUAAAGUUAUUCACCAGUAAUAACCCCCUGUAUAUUUUUAAUAGAACAAAAUUAUAGGCACAGAAACAUUUUAUUAUGUUACAUUGGCAGAUUUGUUACUGAUGUAUGUUUGUUUCCCUUUAAAGAAAUAAGUGAUAGGUGUGCUUGUGUGUGUAUGUAUG